AACAAACCAGAAGGACCGAGUCUAAGGGGGAAAAAAAUGCAAUAAUAGUAUAAUGCUGUCUUUGGCACAUCGUCACUUAUUCUUUUGUAUGAGUGUUUAAUAAAGUACACAUUAUUUAGACCAUGUAUUAUUAUGCAUUAUUAUUAUUAUGCACUACAAACGUGGCAUUAUUAGUGUAAAUAUCGCCACAGUAAGUGCUAACAAUCGGUGAGUUGAGAUUAAGUUCAGAGUUUUAAGUCAAGUGAAUCCCGAAAACAGACGGAGACGCUGCUGUACAUAUAGAUAUAGCGAUGCAAUAUUAAUUUAACGCUAUUGCAACGUGAGCUUUUGUGAAAACUAAGUGUUCAACUUUGUUGUUUACAAAAGAAGCUAGGAGGCUAACAGGCGCUCAGCUGAUAUCAAAUGAUGUCUUCGUCAGUUGUGAUUAUUUGCAGCUUCAAGAAACGGAUACUAAGAUGAAACAUCGGACUCUGAUUUCACCGUGAAAAGUAUUCGGCUUCUGCCCCACGACAAGGAGGAAAUGUCGCGUUCACCAAAGGCGAAACUUCCGGACUACAACGCAGCAAGCGACGCAGAUAACAGCCAAGUUCGGAGCAGGUUGUUGCUGUGACAGGCCAGUGUCGUAUAGCGGUGCGGAGAAGGGAAGAAACCUCUUUAAAAUGGCGAGAUGUGGCAGGUGUUAUUGUGCUGUGACGGUGCUGAGCGUGUGGCUCUGUGUCCAGUCGGUGCCCAUCAAUGUGGACCAGAGUAAACCUGGAGAGGAUGAAGCAGAAGCUCCGGAGAUAGGGGAAACAGGGCUGCACUACGACCGCUACCUCCGUGAGGUCAUUGAGAACCUGGAGAAAGACGAGCACUUUGCAGAGAAGCUGAGAAACACAGACAUGGAGGACAUCAAGCAAGGCAAACUAUUGAAAGAGCUGGACUUUGUCCACAAGAACCUUCGGACCAAGCUGGACGAGCUGAAGCGGCAGGAGAUGAGCCGAUUGCGCAUGCUGAUCAAAGCCAAGCACAACAUCCAGGAAGGCCACGCUGGGUGGACCAGAGAGCACCAGGCGCUGCUGAGACAGUUCGAGCAUCUCAACCACUCCAACCCACACACCUUUGAGGUGUCCGACCUGGACCGGCUGAUCAAAACGGCCACCAGCGACCUGGAGAACUACGACCAGGACCGGCACGAUGAGUUCAAGAAGUACGAGAUGAUGAAGGAGCACGAGCGGCGGGAGCGCCUGAAGAGCAUGAGCGAGGAGGAGCGCAAGAAGGAGCAGCAGCGCUACGAGGAGAUGAGGAGGAAGCACGCCGACCACGCCAAAGUCAACCAUCCCGGCAGCGAGGACCAGCUGAAGGAGGUCUGGCAGGAGACCGAUGGCUUGGACCCGGACUACUUCGAGCCCAAGACCUUCUUUAAAAUGCAUGACACGAACGGGGACGGCUUCUUCGACGAGAGCGAGCUGGAGGCCCUCUUCACCAAGGAGCUGGAGAAGGUCUACAACUCCAAGAACGAGGAGGACGACAUGGUGGAGAUGGAGGAGGAGAGGCUGCGGAUGCGAGAGCACGUCAUGAGUGAGAUCGACACCAACAAGGACAGGCUGGUGUCACAAAGCGAGUUCUUAGCGGCGACGCAGAGGGCCGACUUCCGGGAGAAGGAAGAGUGGGAGACCAUAGAGCGGAACCCAGUGUUCACGGAGCAGGAGCUGAGAGACUACGAGCAGCAGCUGGCGCGAGCGGAGCACGAGCUCCACCGGAGGACGUCUGAGCUGCAGAAGCAGAGAGCAGAGCUGGAGAAGCGUCAGGAGGAGCUGGACGCUCAGAAACUGGACCUGAAGCAGGCUGCUCAGCAAAUGGAGCAACUACAGGCUCAGAAACAGACGGCUAAAGUCCAGCUAGGUGGCGCUGCAGCAAGUGACCCACCACCAGGUCUCCACAGUCAGCCGCUGCCUAACAACCAGCCUCAGCAGGGUGUUCCGGUGUCUGGCCUGUCCUAACCUCUGACACUGGCGUGUGUGUGUGUGUGUGUGUCUCACUACUACUUGAGCUCAUCUGUCAAUCAAACAAGACUCCGGGAGCAGUUUUGCCGCCACCCAUGCAAACUGAAGCUGUCGUCUUUCUUUAUACUUGCAGUGCAAUUUUUAUUAAUCCAUCUUUAGCUGCCAAUCAAAUGGGAUAUGUACACAACCGGUGGUGAUCAUAAUGUUUUGGCCAAAUGCUGUACUCGUAUAUAAGCCCACAAGAUAAACACAGAACUCCUCUGUACUAAGAGGCAUUUGAAUUUCAGUCUCAACUAUCUGCUACACAUCAGCUCUCUCAGAGCGAUAACAAUCUCUACUGCAGUGAGGCGUGACUGCACUGUAGUUUGACCCGCAGGUGGCGACGUUAUUAUGACUUGGUGUGUAAAAAAACCCGAGGAGACUGAAAAAUUAUGAUUCUAAAAGAGGAAGUUGAAAUAUUUUCUGGUAAAUGUAUUUAAGAUAAAUCCUACCAAGUAUGAACAUGCCAAACUUUAACAUGAGCUGGAUUUUCAAGAAUUAUUUAAUGUUAUUGUGAUGUGUGUGUGCGUCCUGUUUGUGUGUGUGUGAGAGACAGACUUCAUUCUUGAUUCUCAAGUGCCACAGAGGUCUGGACUGCGAUGUGAAGUAUUUAUUUUGUCAGUCUGGACUCCUGAGUCGUCACCAUGUGAGAGGUGGAUAAUAAAGAGAAUGUUUCUAAUAUAA